AGUACAUAGUCAGUACUCAGUACUCAGUAGCAAUAAAUUUACCUACAUACAUGAAUCAUGAUACAUACAUACAAAUAACUAUGUAAAUAAGUGCAAUACAUAAAGAGAGCCAAGAAAAAGUGUGUAAUAACUAACAAAAGUUAACUGGAUCUUAUUGUCAAAUAUCAAAAAAAUUGUUUAUUACCAUUAGCAAAAUUAAUUUUUGCCAAUAAUAAUUUUAAUAAAAAUGUAUUUUUAAUUAUAAUUUGAGUAUUAUUAUUAUAAAAGGAUAAUGAUUGUUUUAAAAUGUAAUGAUGGUGAUGGUGGUCAUUGGAAAUUACAACAGUUUCAUUGUUAUACAAAGUGUCAAUCAUUUGGAUUGAAUAAUAAUAAUAAUAAUAAUAAUAUCAAUAAUAUGUGCCUGAAUUAUUCAAUUGUUAAUAAAUAGCAAACCACUAUUGUGGUAUAAAAUUAAUAAUAUUCUAUUUUUAAUAACAAUAAUUAAAACAACAACAACAACAACAACAUCAACAAUGGCAUCAGUCAAAGUAGCCGUUAGAGUCAGGCCCUUUAACAAAAGGGAACUGGCCAUGAACGCAAAAUUAAUUGUUCAAAUGGAUGGAAAAAAAACAAGGAUAUGCAGCAGCAGUAAGAACACAGUCAAUUGCUGGGAAAUUGAUAAAGAAAAAUACAAGGAUUUUACAUUUGAUCAUUCUUAUUGGUCAUUUGAUGCCAACGAUGAAAAUUAUGCUGAUCAAGAUGAGGUAUUUCAUGAUCUUGGAACAGACGUCAUAGAGAGUGCCUUUGCUGGUUACAAUGCCUGUGUUUUCGCCUACGGUCAAACUGGCUCUGGCAAAACAUUUACAAUGAUGGGUUCACCAGAAUCACAGGGUCUAAUACCAAGAAUAUGUAAAACAUUAUUUUCUCGUAUGGCUGCUGGUAAAGAAACUGGUACAUCAUACAGAACAGAAGUAUCAUUUUUAGAAAUACAUAAUGAACGUGUUAGAGAUUUACUAAGACCUGAUCAAGCUAAAUUACAUUCAUUAAAAGUACGUGAACAUCCAAAACGUGGUCCAUAUGUACAAGAUUUAUCAAGUCAUUUAGUAUAUGAUUAUGCUGAUAUACAAGAAUGUAUGAUAAGAGGAAAUACACAUAGAACAACAGCAAGUACAAAUAUGAAUGAUGUCAGUAGUAGAAGUCAUGCAAUAUUUACAAUAACAUUUGUACAAGCUGGUUUUUCAGAGGGUAAUAUGCCAUCUGAAACAGUAUCAAAAGUACAUUUAGUUGAUUUAGCUGGUAGUGAAAGAGCAAAUUCAACUGGUGCAACUGGACAAAGAUUAAAAGAAGGUGCACAUAUUAAUAAAUCACUUGUUACACUUGGUUCUGUAAUAUCAGCACUUGCUGAAGUUAGUUCAACAUCAUUAUCAUCAUCAUCAUCGUCAUCUUGUGAUUUUAAUACAAAUAAUUCAUCAUUAUAUUUAAAAAAAAGUGUAUUUAUACCAUAUCGUGAUAGUGUACUAACAUGGCUAUUAAAAGAUUCACUUGGUGGUAAUUCAAAAACAAUUAUGAUUGCUGCAAUAAGUCCAGCUGAUUGUAAUUAUAGUGAAACAUUAAGUACACUUAGAUAUGCUAAUAGAGCUAAAAAUAUUAUAAAUAAACCAACAAUUAAUGAAGAUCCAAAUGUUAAAUUAAUUAAAGAAUUAAGAGAAGAAAUAUUAAAAUUAAAAUCAAUUAUGAGUAAAGAAAUAUCAACAUCAACAUCAACAGUAGCACCACCACCAAGUAUUUCUAUUGAAAAACAACAACAACAACAACCAUCACUACUACCACCAACAACACCACCACCACCACCACCACAAAAAAUUUUACUUGCACAAAUACAUGAAAAACAAGAACAAGAAAAAGUAUUGACUGAAGAAUGGACUGAAAAAUGGAGAGAAACACAAAAAAUAUUAAAAGAACAACGUGCAUUGGGUUUAAGAAAAAGUGGUAUUGGUGUUGUGUUGGAUUCAGAAAUGCCACAUUUAGUUGGUAUUGAUGAUGAUUUAUUGAGUACUGGUGUUACAUUGUAUCAUUUAAAAGAAGGUAAAACACAUGUUGGAACUGAAGAAGCAAAUACAAUACAAGAUAUUGUAUUAACUGGUCCAGAUGUUGAACCAAAACAUUGUAUUGUUGAAUUAUGUUGUGGUGUUGCAAUACUUGAUCCAUUAUCUGUUAAUUGUUGGAUAAAUAUGAUACAAAUUGAUAAACCAACAAGAUUAUCACAAGGUUGUAUUAUUGUACUUGGUAAAAAUAAUAUGUUUCGUUAUAAUGAUCCAGUUGAAGCAGCUAAAUUACGUAAAGGUGGUGGUGGUGGUGUUGGUAUUAGUACUGGUAAUACAUUUGCUAAUAGUGGAAAUCUUCAAUCAACUGUUGUUAAUUUAUCAAGAUUAUCAUUAUUAAGUUGGAGUGUAUCUGAUCUCAAUGUGUCUUCAUCAAGUGAAAAUUUAAUUAAUUCAAAUGAAGAUAUACAAGCAAUUGAAGAAUUGGAACAACAAAAAGCAGCAUUAAUCAAGGAAAAACAAGAUUUCAAGAAAGAACAAGAAGAACGUGAAGAACGAUGGACUGCUAGACGUGAGGCAUUAGAGGGUGCACAAAAACAACUUGAAAAAGAAUGGGGAACACAAUGGAAAGAAUGGGCUGAUGCUAUUGGAGCUCUUGAAUCUAGACAACAUGAAAUUCAUACUAGAAGACGUAAACUUGAGCAAGAACGACGGGACGAGAUGACACAAGUAGAAAGUUUAUGUAGAAAAGUCACAUCACUGCGUACCAAUCUGCAGUUCAAACAACGACAAUUUCAAGAAUUCAUCAACAAUCACGAUACUACACAAAUUCUUGUCAACAACGACAACAACAACAAGUCUCAAUGGCAAAAUACUAACGAUGAAGCAACAGCAAAUAAUGUCAGUCAAGGUUUCUGGUGCAGUUCAAAUAAUUCAAAGUCAAUUGAUACAACAAUGCAAGAAUUGAUUGAAAAUCAUAAAAAAGAAUUGGCUACAUUAGAGUGUGAAUUGGAAAAUAAAGUUGAAACUCUGAGUCAACAUCAACGUCGGGUUAUUAAAAUGGAACAAGAAUUGGCUGAUUUAUCUGACAAACAAAAAAACAUGAUGAUGGCAAAUAUAGCGUUUGAAAAUGAUGGAAUUGCAGAAAAAAAAUUAUUACUUGCUGGACAAACUCCUGAACAACUUCAAGAAAUAAUUAAAAAAAAACAAAGUUUUUCAUUAAAUUUAAGACGAGCAUUGCCAGCAUCACCAAAUAAAUCAUCUACCAGUUCAAGUUGUAGUGCCAAUGAAUUACUUUCUACUCAUGAUUUAAAAUCAUUUCAAGAUGCCUGCAAUGAAAAAGUCAAAAUAGCCUCAGCAUUAAGUUUAUUUACACCAGAUGAUGUACCAAGCUCAUCAGACACAAGUGAAACAUUUCAUACUGCUGCUGCUGCUGAUGAUUAUUCACCAGAACAGCAACCAGCAGUUGAUGAAAUUACUCUUGAUAAAAAUACAAGCACAAAGUUAAUUAAAUAUUCAAUAAAUAAUAAUAUAAUUAAAGAAAAUGAUUUUAAUAAUGAUGAUGAUGAUGAUGAUGAUGAUGGUAUGCCGGAAAAUAAUCCAGCAAUGAAAAAAUUAAAUAAUAAAAUAUGUCAACAGCGUGGACUUGUAAUGAAAUGUCUUGAAAAAAAUAGUCCAGCCAAUAAAGAUUUAAAUCAUGAAAUUCUUAUUCUUCAAGAUCUUCAGCGACAACAAAUUGAAUUGGAAAUAUGGCUUUUGAAACAAGAAAAACAAAAAAUAAUAUCAUCAUCCUCUGAAUUGGUUAUUAAUUAUAGUGAAACAGAAGAAUCAGAAGAUGAAAAUAAUGGUCAAUGGAAUAAAAAAAGAUUAUCAUCAUCUUCAUCAUCAUCAUCAUCUUUACGACAUUCACCAAUUGUUAUUAAUAAUAAUGAUAAUAAAUUAAUUAAAAAAAAAACAACAACGACAACAACAACCAAUGAAAUUUCAACAUCUUCUGUUGAUUUAACAACAGUUGAAAAAACAAUUCCAUCAGUGGUUAAUCGUGGUUAUUCAUCAGUUUAUUUAACAAGUAUAAAUAGAGCUACUACAGCAGCUAGUGCUAGUGCUGCUGGUGAUCGAGCUACUCUUGGUAAUCCAUUUUCUUUAUCAUUAACAAGAUCUUUGCCUUCUUUAAUAGCAAAUGAUAAUUGUAAUAAUUCAUUGACAAUAAUAAAUAUGAUUAUCAGUGUGCCAUCAUAUGUUAUACGUGGUGCUGGUACAUCAAGUCAUUAUGAAUAUGAAGUUCGUGUUAUUGUUAAAGAUGAUAGUUGGACUUUAUUACGUCGUUAUAGAAGAUUUAGAGAACUUUACAUGUCAAUGAAACAAAAAUAUGGUAGUAAAGUUUCAGCAAUUCGUUUUCCACCAAGACAAGUAUUUUCACGUUAUGAAAUGGUUGCACGACAACGAAGAAAACGUCUUGAAGAAUAUUUACGAAAUCUUAUACAAGUUUGCUCGGAACUUGAAAAUUGUCAAUCACUUUACAAACAUCGUAAUAAUUUAAGUAGCAUUGAUAAACAAUCUCUUGUUGAAUUUAAUUGUUUUUUUAGACGUGGCACAUUUGAAAGUAGUAAAUAUGGAACUAGCUAAAAAUUACUUUUCCUCGGAGCCUCACUAUAUUUUAUAUUUAUUAUUAUAACUUUUAUUGUUGGCCUAAUGAAUUUAUGGACUGCUAAUUAGUAGUCUCUAUUAUAUAAUAUUAUAUAUUUUUGACAAGAAAACAUAAUA